AUGGAUUAUAGUCACUAUCCGCAAUACUACUCGGAGUCGAUAAGUCUGUCGAAUCAUUCUAUACAGAAACCCAUACCCCAAUUCCACGCCACGGAGACGCACACCCAUGAUACAUACGAUACGAAGCGGGUCAAGGCCAUUCAGAGCACCUUGGGAUUGAAGCUCAACAUUGUCCUUUCCUCGGUGUUCAGCCUCUCCCUUAUGUCCCUGGCUUCGGCGCAGAGCUACAUGCAAUUCAUCUCGUUGGGGUAUGCCGCGUACGCCCCAGACAACAGCCGAACUGCUGCGGUUAACGCAGUAAUUGCUGUGUAUGGUGCCAUUACGGGCAUGGCCACGAGGAUGGCCGUCACUAAAUGCCUCAAUCUCGUUUCCAUCAAGGCAUUGACCACCAAUGGGAAAUUCAUCUGGGGCGCGAAGACCUGGGCGUACAUGUCUCACGCCAAUGGGCCUUGGUACACUCUCGGGCCACUGUUCGCUGCCGGCUUGACUGCGACUGCGGUGAUCAGUAUUCUUCCUGCCGCGGUGGUUGACGCAGGACACUACGUCCAUUUACAGAUUGCUCCUAACUUCCAACUCAACGAGAUAAGUUGCAUGCAAGGUAAUUCGAUCUCACCGAACGUAUUUUGCACAGGGUCUGCGUUAGCAGCCCUCCUCCUACAAUCCUACUCAGUCGCCAUCAGUGGGUACGCGCGGAAUUCCAACGGGCCUGAAUUGAACGUCAUGGGCCAUAUCAGUUCGAACCGAUCUUUGGGCUACCCGUGGUAUUUGGUCAACAACAACCUUGCUGAGUAUACCAAAUACAACGUGUCUCGUAGAGGCUUUCAGCACGCCAACAAAACAGCUUGCGUAUGGGUCCUGGAUGAAGUGCCCAUCAGAUGCUCCUUUCUCAACUACACGGUGAAUGAUUCUGGCCUGGAAGUCAAAAGCCCUUACACUGGCCAGGUCUUUUCCCUCGAAAACAGCAGCAUCGUGCCUCCACAAGGAAUGAUGACCCAAACCGUGGGGUCUAUCGCUGAAAUGGCAGGGGUGGGUGUGUUUGACAGUGUCAUCACGGCUGAACCCUAUAUCAGUACUGCCUUUGUCUGUACGAGCAGAGAACUCAGCGAAGUCCAUGUGGGAAGGUACAUCACAGCAGAAAUAACCGAAUAUGUCACUUAUGUGGACAUUGCAAAUGACACUACUUGCGAGCCGACUUACGACCUCCCGACCACAGAGGGCGUCAGAGCUUUGAUCAACGACAUGGCGGGCGGGAUGUACCAAUUUGCAUCCGUCGAUGGGUCGAAUACCCUGAUGUAUAGCUUCAGCCAAAGUUAUUUUGACAUCAACAUACCAAUGUUCAACGACUCGACGUCUAUGUUGGAGGAUGGUAUGGGCUCUUUUCUUGCUCUAAUGCUGUCGAACAUCUAUGCGGACAGCGCUUUCGACACUCCCAACUCUCCAAACACCACGAGAGUCAAUGGAGGUCUCAUGUCCAACACUGUGGGACUUGGGAAACGAAGCCGACUCUAUGCGUGGCUGAUUUUUGCAGCAUUGCCGCUGCUGGCGCUUGUCACAGCGAUUUUCAUGCCACUGGAUUACACGCCUUCUUGGGAUGUGAUGAAUCCAAUGGACGCCCUCGCAACGGAUGCCAUUAUCGAUGAGGCUGUCGCUGCGGCAAAAGGUAGAAGUAGCGGCAUCAGACUAGGUAUGGUUGAUGGACGGAUUGUCGCCAGCAACAGAAAUCUGCCAACCCGUAUCUCGAAGGGUGACGCGUUUUGA